CCUUUUUUUCCCACGCUAAUUACCUACAGGUAGCUUUGUCCACGCCUAUACAGCAUUCCCGUCUACUACAUUGACAAUACCAGCUCCAGCCUUUUGGUUGCCGUUAUCCAUUCAUUCAUCCAUGUCACAGAACGUGUGAAGCAACAGCCUGCAAGGCUGUAAAGCCUGUCUGAAUCUAACGCUUCUCCUCCCCCUCCCUCUCCACAAGUUCAUUGCCAUCCAAUUCAAUGGCAGACACGGACGAUGUCAAGGCGAGGGACUUCCAACCGACUCAAGAAUUCCCACGCUUCGACCCUGAAGAGGCAAAUCGAGCGCGCAGCUAUUCGUCUGCUCAUCAAAACACAGCGUCCACUCUCUCGCCGCACCCUGCACGAGACAUAGCCUCACCCAACGGUGGUCGCCCUUCCGUUGACACGCUACGACGUCGCCCUACACGCUCAAAUACCGUUCGCAAUUAUUCUGCUAAACCACGUCCCCAGUUUGAAGAGCCUGGAGCUGAGCCUGGGGUCGAUCCUUCUCGGGAGCUGCCCAGUGACCGCUACGUACAUUUGAGGACAGAUUGUGAAAUCACUGUGGUAGACUUUUCCGAUGAACACAUACAAGAAUAUCAACUGGACAAUACCUCUCUUGCUGAGUUUCUCACACAUGAUAAGGAAGCUUGGGUGUCUUGCCGAUGGAUCAAUGUGAAUGGACUCAGCUGGGACGUCAUCAAAACGCUUGGCAGGGAGAAAAAUCUCCAUAGGCUUGCGAUAGAGGAUCUGAUGAAUACACGAGGCAGGACAAAAGCUGACUGGUAUUCGGACCAUGCGUUUAUCCUCCUUACCCUCCAGAAACUUGUGGAGCUACAGCACGACUCUGACAGCGAUUCGGAGAGUGACGAAGAUGAUAUAUGGCACAAAGGUUCUAGAAGUCAUUCAAGAUCUCAAGGUCAAAAAAAAAGAAAGAGGAAAAAGAAGAAGUCAAAAUCGCUAUUUACCAAAAUUCGGGAAAAGCUUCCCUUCGGCAACAUGAAUGACGCGGAUACAUUCAACGUUGUCGAAAAGAAUCAGAUUCGGGGUGCCAAAAGUUUCGCUUUGCAAGCAGACGGUUCGGUCAUGACAACAAUGCGCCAAGGAGGAAUGCCAUCUGCGAGGGAUGGCAUCCGCACGCUCCAGCGUUAUCGGGGAGGCCCAAAUGUCGAACGUACAUUGUACAUGGAGCGCCAUUCGCCACUCUUCAAGAAACAUCUAGCCGUAGCCGUGGAGCAAGUCUCUCUGUUCAUGACCGCCGACAACACAAUCAUAAGCUUCUUCGAGCAUUCUGCCUCGGAGAUUGCCGAACCAAUUCUUACCCGCUUGAACACAUCGGAUACCAUUUUGCGACGCAGUUGUGAUGCAACAAUGCUUGCUCAAGCUAUAAUAGAUGCCAUAAUUGAUCUCGCUAUUCCAGUUGUGACCGCAUAUGAAGAUUCCAUGGCCCAGCUAGAACUCGAGGUCUUGACCGACCCCGACAUUAACCACUCGCGAUCUUUGUAUAUCCUUACUUCCGAACUCAUGGUUCUCAAAAAUACCAUUCAGCCUAUUCGCAGUUUGAUCUCGACCCUUCGCGACCACAAGUCGGAUUCCUCCACCACAGGAGGAACUCCCGGGUUGGCAGCAAGACCGAGCAAAACAAUAACCACCAUCGCAAUCUCGCCCCUGGCCCAUACGUACCUAGGCGACGUUGAAGAUCACUGUAUUCUCAUCACACAAUCUCUGGAUCAAAUGCGACUGGCUGCAGAUAACAUGAUUGAUCUAAUAUUCAACAUCAUGAGCACGUAUCAAAACGAAUCGAUGAAACAGCUCACAGCGGUAACCAUUUUCUUCCUACCAUUAACAUUCUUGACGGGAUAUUUCGGGCAAAACUUUGAGGGUUUUGGGGCCAUUAAGAAUAGUGACGCUUUCUUCUGGUAUAUCGCUGCCCCAGUGAUGGUGGUCACAAUAAUGGUCUUAAUGCGCGGCCGGAUUCAACGGGCCGUCAUUAGCUACGGCGCAAAAUAUGAUAUCAAGAAAUCUCGGAAGAGGAGAGGAGUCUCGAAUGAUGGUCGGGGCAGGAGAAGGUAAUGCAAAGAUUAAACACGGAGACGCGUCUCCCAACAUAUCACACAAACACUCGAGUCCCCAUGACUUGCUAGAGACUUUCUCACCAUGAAUGGGCACCCACUGCCCUGAAAGCUCGUAUCAGAUUGGUAAGCAUAGUCCCCUUCCUUCCUACCGCCCUCUCUCCUCUUUGACAAUGAUGAACAACGAUAUCGUUACUACCCAGCUCACUCUUACGCGCACGUCGCGGCUGACGAGAACGCGAUUCUACUCCUGAGUCACAACAUCCUUGAAAUCACUGUAACAGUAUCUCUUGUCUAUCUCAAUGCUAAUCGUGGCGCAUUAGCUCCUCAUCUUUCGCCCAGGCUCGUCAAUGUAUAAACUCCUUCUCUCCACACCUCAACAGAGCAAAAGAAUCGGGGAGAUAGUUACCAAAAAUCAGCAUCGAGCCCG